AUGGAGUUCAUAAACUUAUGGACAAUUGAAUUAAUUAGUGUUGACGAGAUGUUAAUGUACUACUAUCAUAAGGAUAUAAGAGGAAGAGUCGCUGGUGUUGGUGUAUAUUGGAGUUUGAUUAUGUACCCCAGUCUGCGUUCAACUCAUGACAACUUACAAGCCAUCAUCAUGAAAAAUAUUAGCUAUUACUGGGUUCACUCUAGGCUAGAAAGUAUUGUAUGA